AUGAUUGACGACUUAAAUGAAGAUCCGACUACGGCAGUACCCUCGAACGCCACCAUGGACGACUCACUCAACCAAGCUAAGCGGAGGAAGGUUCGCAAAGGGACCCGAUCUUUCUGGGAAUGUAAAAGGCAGAAGAUCAGGUGCAUAUUUACAUCGCCCGAUGAUGUUACUUGUACCGGCUGCCAACGUCGCCAUGCACCAUGUAUCAGUCAGGAGAUGCCAGAAGACUUUUCUCCGGCAAGAAAGGGAAACCGACACCUCGGUCAGCGGAUAUCAAGAGUUGAAGGCUUCAUGAAAGACUUUCUUGCUAGCAAGCAUGUUGGUGCGACAAGCCAGGUUGAAGAACAACCAUGGCAAGACAACUAUGGUGCCCGGGCCACUCACUCCAAUAAUUCAGAGCCAUCGUCAAUUUGGGCUCCUCUUACGCCUACAGAGAGUCUUGGAGAAUUCGCUCCAACCAGCUCAAUCUUUACAACGGACGCGCAAGGUGUAUCAGGUCAAGCGGAGCUCAAAACCGUCCUUUAUCACUUAAUUUCAGCCUUUCCAGCUGAAGGGGAUGCCAAGAUUUUGCUCAGAGAGAGCUUAAAACCGUCUCGCUACACACUCUUGCUCAACACUCAACCUCAUAGCAAGCUGACACACGAGAAGCUCGCGGCAUCGUACUCUCCAGCUGAGCUUUCCGGUCCUCAGACUCACCCAGUCAUUUGGGCCAAACUUAUGCUCAUCUUUGCAAUCACUCUACAAAGUCCAUGUGGAGAAAACUUCCCUGGCCUUUCGGAACCACAGAGUGUACUUAUGCGUCGCUUGACGACGGCUGCUACGACAUGGGUAACAACCAAGGAAGAAAGGCACGGAACAGUCGAGAGUCUAAUCUGUAUUAUGUUAGAGGGCGUAUUCCAGGUCAACUCCAGUAAUCUUCGCCGGGCCUGGGUUGUUUAUCGUAGGGCACUGACAGUUGCCUAG